AUGGCGCCUUCUAUGACAUUAAUCCUCAGCGCUCUUUUUCUGAUCCUUGACGCGAGCGCGCUCAUCCCGGAUCCAGUCGGGCUGGUAUAUGCGCCAGCCUCUAUAGGCAAGCGUCAGACAUUUACCGGAACACUAGGGGGUUCUACACCCGCUGUCACAGACACGGGUGAUCCUGAAAGGCCGUAUGGCGUGGACGGCGACACGUUUACGGAUUAUGAAUCAGCAGCCUCGAGAAGAAGUCUGUUAACUCGUACUCAGAUAGCCAACACGGACCAGUCAUCAUCCUUCUCCCUCCAAGAUUGUCAGGAUCAGUUAAACAGUUGCAUGUCGACCGUAUCAUCUACGAGCGUAGCGUUACAAGGUGCUACCAUAGCCUCUGCGCCGACAGCAACCAGCUCGACAACAGAUGCGACCACUGUAACCGCGCAAUUGGCCCAAACCACCAUCCCAUACGACUCAGAAUUCGACCUCGUCUGCGAUCUCUAA